AUGGUCAACCUCAAUGGAAUUAAACCUCGCAACGGAAAAGACUACUAUUUGGCCCUGGGUCUAGAAGGUUCGGCCAACAAGCUUGGUGUGGGCAUUAUUAAACACCCGUUGCUGUCCAAACAUGCAGACAGCGAUCUCUCGCACCAUUGCGAUCUGCAGAUCCUCGCCAACAUCCGAGAUACGUAUGUGACUCCUCCUGGAGAAGGAUUUUUGCCCAGAGACACGGCCAGACACCAUCGUAACUGGGCCGUGAGACUGGUGAAAAAAGCGUUGCAAGAAGCUGAGAUCCAAGAUCCCACCGAUCUCGACACCAUCUGCUUCACCCAGGGCCCAGGAAUGGGGGCUCCUUUGCAUUCAGUGGUCGUGAUGGCCAGAACCCUCUCGCUGCUGUGGGACGUCCCGCUUGUUGGCGUUAACCAUUGCGUGGGCCACAUAGAGAUGGGUAGAGAAAUCACAAAGGCGGAAAACCCAGUGGUUCUUUACGUGAGCGGUGGGAACACCCAGGUCAUUGCAUAUUCGGAAAACAGGUACCGUAUUUUUGGCGAAACCUUGGAUAUCGCUAUCGGAAACUGUCUGGACAGGUUUGCCAGAACGCUGAAAAUCCCCAACGAACCGUCUCCGGGCUACAACAUCGAACAACUCGCGCUCCAGUGCUCCGACAAAGACAGACUUGUGGAGCUGCCGUACACGGUCAAGGGCAUGGACUUGUCGAUGAGUGGGAUUUUGGGCUACGUCGAUUCACUUGCAAAAGAUCUGUUCAACAAAAACACCAAAAACAAGCUGCUUUUCGACCCGCAAACCGGCCAGCAACUUGUCACAGUGGCCGACCUGUGCUACUCGCUUCAGGAGAACCUCUUUGCGAUGCUGGUAGAGAUCACCGAGCGUGCCAUGGCCCAUGUCAACUCCAAUCAGGUCCUGAUUGUUGGCGGUGUCGGGUGCAAUGUGAGAUUACAAGAAAUGAUGGCCUCCAUGUGCCGUGACAGGUCCAACGGACAAGUUCACGCCACGGACGAACGCUUUUGUAUCGACAACGGGGUCAUGAUAGCACAGGCGGGUCUUCUACAGUACAGAAUGGGCAAUACAAUUCAAGAUUUGGCAGACACUGUCGUUACGCAGAAAUUCAGGACAGACGAGGUAUACGUGGCCUGGAGAGAGUGA